AAUAGGAUUUGCAGGUAUAGGCCUACUCCCCACGGUCAUGAUGACGUCAUUUUGUUCAAGGUAGGCCUAUAAGCGUAGAUACCGCGGAGAAUGUUUCACAUUUGAGCGAGAGAGCUGGAGCAAGCUUCCAGAAUCAAAUUCCAGUUGAUUAGAAAACAAUUCCCGCAAUGAUUUUCCCGCGCUUCGGCUUGUUGGUGGCACUCGUGCUCCUAUCCGCUUGGUGCGGUGACGCCCGUCUUGGCGGGCGAAGUGCUAGAAGCGGUGGCGGUGCUCCCGGUGCAGGUCGAGUUCGACGAUGCUCGGGGGGCAACGCACCGAUCAGGGAUGCGCGCGACAAGCCCAACUUCGUUAUAUUCUUCGCAGACGACAUGGGCUACGGCGAUCUGGCAUCUUACGGACACCCGACCCAGGAGAGGGGACCAAUCGAUGACGUCAUGGUGGAGAACGGUAUUAAAUUCACACAGGGGUACGUCCCCGACACCGUGUGCACCCCUAGCCGUGUAGCGCUCUUAACAGGUCGGUAUCCGGUUCGAUCUGGAGUUUUCAGUGGCACUGGUGGAUCCCGGGUGUUCCUCCCAUGGACUAGGUCCGGUCUUCCAUCCACUGAACUCACCAUCGCAGAAGCGCUCAAGGAGGAGGGCUACACUACAGGCAUGGCUGGCAAGUGGCAUCUAGGGCUGAAUUCAGAAACCCGUGACGACGGGGUCCAUCUUCCGAUGCACCACGGUUUCGACUUCGUAGGCCACAUCCUCCCGUUUACCAACAGUAUGGCAUGUGAUGAUACAGGGCGCUUCGUAGAUUUCCCUGACGUCACCAAAUGUUUCCUGUACAAGCGAGAUCAGAUAGUCGCUCAGCCAUUCAACCAUACCUACCUCACGCAGACGUUUGUCAACGACGCUGUCUCAUUCAUCGAAGACAACGCCCAUGAUCCCUUCUUCUUCUACUUCCCCUUCUCGCACCCCACGUACCUCUAUACGCCUCGCCUCGAUUCGCUGGAAAGUCCCAACGCGGUAAGCGAAUACGGCGACAACAUUAAUGAGAUGAGUUGGGCAGUAGGCGAGGUGAUAGAUGCCCUAGAAGCUAAGGGGCUUUCUCAGAACACCCUGGUCUUGUUUCUCGCCGACCACGGGCCCCAGCCCGAGUACUGCGCUCAUGGGGGCGAUCCUAGCAUUUUCAAAGGAUACAAGACCAAUACAUGGGAGGGAGGCAUACGCGUUCCCUUCGUCGCUUACUGGCCCGGGCAGAUAACGCCUCGUGAAUCGGACGCGCUCGUCAGUACUCUCGACAUCAUGAGAACCGUUGUGGACCUCGCUAACGGUACGCUCCCCGACGAUACUGCCUACGACGGCGAAGUAAUCACCGACGUCCUGUUGAAAAACGCCCCGUCGCCGCACGACGUCCUGUACCACUACUGCAAGGACCGGCUCAUGGCGGUUCGAUCCGGUCCAUACAAGGUUCAUUACUUCACUCACCGAGUCCAGACUCAGGAUUAUUUCGCUGGGGAAUGCCAAGACGGCGGACUGCCGUUGGCACACUACUUCGACUGCUACCACUGCUACGAUUCGUGCGUCACCGAACAAGAUCCACCGCUCAUCUACAACGUCGAGCAUGACCCCAUUGAGGCGUACCCGCUGAACACAACACUGGAUUCUUCACUCGCUGAGUUCAUGGUGGAUCUGCAGGAGAAGGUGACGGCUCACAUAGCAUCGGUGACUGUAGCGGUGCCUUUGUUGGAUGACAAAGACCCAACAAAGUCCAUCACUCCUUGCUGCGACCCUGACACUAACUGCGUAUGUAACUACGGACCUGUCGAUGGGCCAUACAACUAAAUAGCGGAAGCGUGAGAAGAAAGCCGUCUAAAGAAGGAAGGAGAUAUUAUAGAGGGGGAGAUGAAGAGAGGGGAGAGAGGGGAAAGAGAGAGAGAGACAGACAGAGAGAGACAGAGAGACAGAGCAAAAUAGAGGGAGGAUGGGAGGAAAGAGGGAAUGAGUCUUCUGCCAUUUUUUCAUAAAUAUAAAUGACAGGAGUGUUUUUAAACAAAUAAAAAGCAAAUUGAAUAGAUCAAAUGGCGCUUGGUAGCUCGCUUCCUUUGCUCGCUCGUAUUAUAUAGUUAUGUGCUACAUCAAUAUAGCAAAGGUUAAUUGUCUGAAAUGUGUAAUUUUCAAGGAAAUACUAAUUUUUUUGUUUUCCUUUUAUCAAGGUGUUCACAUGAUAAUUCCUUUUCCUUCUGGAAUAUGUGUCAUUGUAUUUUGCAACCUCUUAUUUCCUCCCUUAUACACCGCUGAUAGUAUAAACAUGGUGUAUUUUUAUUAAAAUUCGGUGUUAUUUUUGUACAGGCAUCUUUUUAUUAGUAGCAGGUUGUUAGUUGUUUCAGCUAUGGUUCAUAUAGUGCAAUAGUCACAAGCUUUCUGUAUGUUCUGUGAUAUUUACAUUUUCUAACAGUACUUGAACUGUUUUCUCUCUAUAAAAAAAAAUAGUAUAUAUUUUCGUGAUUAUUUGAUUAAACAUCUCUUCAAAUAUAUUCAAAUA